AUGUUCACUAAUGUCGAUACCAAGUAUACUAAUUUCAUGAGCUACCCACUCGUCGAGAUGAUGACUUGGCAAGGCCUCGGCGAUUUAAUUAAUCGAUUCAGGAGCACAACGCUGCACUUGGAUGAAGUAAGCACGCUCUGGGCGCCGGGGCAGCUGUUCCGUUUGAAAGUCCCUUACACCUAUAUGGUACGUUUAUACCUGACACAAGCUGUAAUUGGACUAACGUGGAGACAGUGGUCGCCAGGCCUAGUUCCUAAGCCCAAAGAUUGGGGUCCUGAAAUCGACAUAGCAGGCUUCGUCUUUUUGGACCUAGCAUCUUCGUUCAAACCACCCGAUGAUCUCCAGAAAUUCCUUGACGGGGGCCAACCGCCGGUGUAUAUAGGGUUCGGAUCUAUCGUCGUUGACGACCCUGACGAAUUCACUAAACUCAUCUUCAAAGCCGUCGAGAUAGCUGGUGUCCGCGCCUUGGUAUCUAAAGGAUGGGGUGGCUUUGGCAGCAACUCGACGGCACCGAACAACAUCUUCAUGCUCGAGAACACGCCGCACGACUGGUUGUUCCCGAAGGUGUCUGCAGUCGUGCAUCACGGCGGUGCUGGUACGACUGCUAUCGGUUUGAAAUGCGCGAGACCGACGAUGAUCGUACCCUUUUUCGGCGAUCAACCGUUCUGGGGUGCUAUGGUGGCAAAGGCGAAAGCCGGAGCGCACGAAUGCAUACCCUACAAACAACUCACGGCUGAGCGUCUAGCAGAAGGCAUCAAGCAAUGCCUCACAGACGAGGCAAAGCAGAAUGUACAAAAUAUUGCAGACAGCAUCGUCAAAGAGGGCGACGGUGCGCUCAACGCCGUGCGUUCCUUCCACCGUAGUUUACCGCUAAGGGAAGGCGGGACUAUGCGCUGUUCACUCCUGCCGAAUCAUGCUGCUGCUUGGCGACUCAAAAACACAACGAUCUGCCUUAGCCCGGUUGCUGCGGAGUUGCUGGUUGAGUGGAAGAAAAUCAAGUGGAACGAGCUCCGUCUACUACGGCACUAUGAGUGGAAUGACUUUGGUGGACCCGGCGAACCAGUAACUGGAAUAUACGAAGCGAUUGUGGAUACAAUCGGGGAGAUAGCGACGGGAAUGGGAGGCGUGCCCUACAAUAUGGCGAAGAGUGUCAAGAACAGAGAGAGAUACUACGAGAAGAAGUACAAGGUCCACAAGCGUCAUAAGCAGAAACAAGAUCAUAAGGCGACAGUCGACCGUACGAACAUAGAGCAUGAGGAAGGGAAGGACGAUGGCGAUUCAACCAGCGAUCACACUGCCAAUGGCGACACGAACGGUGACUCGAGGAAGGGCAUGCCCAAGCCUGGUGAAAGACAACAAUCCGUAUCAUCGAAUGUCACAGAGCCGGAUGAGAUUCUCGCCAUCGAAUUCGCAAAAGAAGCCGAACAAGGUCUCCGCAAAACAGCAGGCGCCGUCGUCCGCUUCCCCAUGCGCCUCCAACUCGCCCUCGCUCAGGGUUUCCACAAUGCCCCGCGUCUGUACGGCGACACCACCGUACGCCGUAUCCCACGCAUCACCGGCGUGCACUCUGGCAUUAGAGCUGGACGCGACGAGUUCGUCUACGGGAUCCGCGACGGCGUGAGUGGGCUCUGGAUGCAACCCAUUUAUGGUGCCAAAGCCGGAGGCGCGAUGGGUUUCGCCCGAGGUCUUGGGAUCGGGCUCGGCGGCUUCGUUCUCAAAGACGUCUGCGCCUUCGUCGGCCCGGGCGCCUACUUCCUCAAAGGCUGCGACGAAGAAUACCUCAAGAAAUACCAGCCGACUCACUUCAUUCGGCGCGCACGCAUCCUCCAGGGAAGGAAAGAAGUCGCGGAGCUAGCCUAUGCGGCAGAUCGGGCGGCCAAUUCAGGGGGCACGGAGGCGCGUGCUGCAGAUCGGAAGGCGGAGAAGGCAAAGAGGUGGGAGGUUGAGAAGAGGGUUAGUACGGAGUGGAGGGCGUUGCAGCCCCAGGUCAAAGAGGAGAGAAAGAAGACGAGGAGUGGUUUGAAGGCCGCGCUACUGGGGCAGCCAAAACUAAAAGAAGGCGCCCCAGUGCCGCUGAAGGAGGAAAGAUCUAGCCUGCAGUCGACGAGGCAUGAAGAUAGGCCCAGGAAAGCGAGGACGCAGCCCAUUCUAGAGACUGAUGGGCAACCGAACGGGGGCGUCAGUGGCGGGCCCAGUGUCCCAAGAAGCGAGAGCGCACCUAUGACUGCCGAGCAGUAUAAGGAGACGGGCGCCACAAACAAGAAGUGGAGGUUUGAUCCGCUACAUAAGCAUGAAGAGCGCAAGGCAAAGGACGAAGCGCUGUCGAAGGGUACUGUGUUGAACGGCGGCGCCGGCUUCGUUAAUGGAGAUGUCGGCAGUGUAAGAGCUCUUUAG